GUGCCCCCCCUCGGAAUUGGAACUAACUUUGUGGAUCGUUACAAAUGUUGUUGCUAGAUGUUGUCAUGGUGUUGUACGUACCUUUUGGCAUACUAACAGAAGUCAUACUAAGGUAUACAACACCGGCUCACUAAAAUAUUUAGUCGCAAGGCAAACCAGACAGUGCACCUGCAAGUCAAACGCGAAUCGGUCGUCAAUCGAAUAAGAGCUGAAAGUUAAUAGCUUUUCACUUUGAGGCAUGGAGAAGUAUACCAUUACGAUUGCUGAAGAAUCCCAGUUUAAGGCUAUUGGGUAUUUCCUUUAUGAAGAUUACCUACAACGGGAAAGGUGCUGUGUGACUUCUGGGCUAUCUGCAGAAUUGUUGGAAACAGGUUUGCAGUUGAGUGACGAAAACAAGAGUGAAAUUAUAAAGGCACUGCAGGAAAAUCUUACCCUUGUUGCUGUUGAUAAUGAUGACCAAGGAGCAAUAGCUGGUGUAGCCAUCAACGUCAAAGGAAAGGAUGAAGCUGAUCUGGACUUGACCAAAUUUCCAAAAAGUAGACAAGCUAUCAUGAAAUUUGUAAACAAUCUUAAGGAAGGACAUGACAAUACCAAAGAGUAUAAUGGUCAAGGCCUAUAUUUGUGGAUGCUUGGUGUCAGGCAAAUCCAUUGUGGAAAAGGUCUCGCCAAGAGAUUGAUAGAAAAAUCCAUUGAAUUGGCUCAGCAGCAGAGCAUGGCCUUCAUUGACAGUAUUGCUACUUCUCCUGAAACUGUACAUCUCUUUGAAGUCAUGGGCUUUGAAACCAAAUCUGAAAUGAAAUUUCAAGAUUUUUUAAUGGAUGAAUCUACACCUGGAUUUCCUCAUGCAACAGCUUCAGACAAGGCAAGAUUUACAGUCAAGAAGCUAUGAUUCAUUGUUUGUUGGCCAAUGGAUGUGAUGAGAAAUUCUAGUUGGAAAUUGGAAAUCUAAUUGAAAAGAAGAUAAUCAAGUGUGGUGCAUAAUUUAAUUGUACUUUUGAGCGUCUCGCCACAUUGGAAAUUUGAUUGGAAAUAAACAGUUUCGUCUGCAAUGCGUUUGUGUAUUGUUUUCACAAUGCCAUCUCUCGGAGUUAUGAUGAACCACUAUGCACAAAAAUUUCAGCUUUAAAAAAUAAUAAUGGAAAAAAAAAUCUAAAAUUGUAUCAUUAAUCACACAGAUUUGUGAUUGCCACUCCACAAAAAUUUUUAUUAAAAUAAACACACGUUUGGUGUCUGGAACAGUGUCAAUUUGGUUGAGGUUGAAAUUGAUAAGAAGAACGGAUACAGCUUCUUAUCGCUCAUCACGCGAGCGGCUUUCCUGGUGCCGCGCGUAGAAACAGGGCCAGUAGUCUCCACAUAUGGGAUGACGGAGGCGGUGAAAGUUUCCUCGUUUGAUUCACGUCUUCCUGCCCGGUCAAAUAAGAGAGUUUAGCCAAAAGUCAGAGAGUCAGUGUCCUCGCGGUCGUGUCCAGUCCCACUCACGGUUCUUCUUGCGGGGUACGUAGUUCAACAACUCAGCCAAAAGGGAAGUAGGUCGUCACGUUUCAAUCAUGAAAACUUGUUUAGCCAUCGUUGAGCCUUUGACCGAGACGCGACACCAGGAAUUUAUCGACUUCAUUUAUCGUGAGUUCUUCCCCCGUGAGCCUCUGGCCUUGGCUUCCGGUUUGGCGGGCAAAACCAACCCGAAAACAAUCGAAACUUUUGUCCAGUGGAUGGGCCAGGGCGUCUCCCUGGUCGCCAUCGACCCGGAAUCCGAUCGGAUUGUGGCCGGGGCUCUCAACUGCUUCGUGAACAAGGCCCAAGAUCUUUUCGACGUCGACUACAGUUGCAUGGAGGAGGAGGAUCGCUGCAUUUGGAAGUUUCUCGAUCAACUGGAAAUCGGCUACGACAUUUUCGAGCAGCUCAAAGUCGACCGCGGGAUGGAACUGGUUUUCCUCUGCGUCCAGGCCACCCACACCGGCCAGGGAUUGGCCCGUCGACUGACGGAAGAAACCAUUGCCGUCGCUCAUCGAAUCGGGAUGCCUUUCAUUAAAACCAAUCCCUCAACUCCCGUGACUUGCCAUCUUUUCGAAUCGCUCGGCUUCGAGACGAUUAGCGAGAUGAAGUUGGUCGAUUUCCUACUGGAUAACAAGCCAGCCUUCAGUCACGCCCAACCGGACGACAUCACUCGACUGUGCGUCAAGAAAAUGCGAAACUGACGAUUUCAGCGCCAAACUCAAAAGAGACUUGAAGAGCUUUUCGCAAUUUUAGUGCCAAAAUAUAAACGUUGCAUAAUUCUCCCACGCUGUACAAAAUGAUUUGCCAAUUACGACACGCAAAGUGUUGGGAGAGAGAAACGAAUAAACGAAAUUGGAAGAACAAAA